GAUUGCUUUGCAGAACAGGCAGAGAUGCUGCACAACGAUUCCUAUGGAAUCAUUAUUAAUUGGUCCCCCAAGGGGAUGUUUAGCUUGAAUUGCACCUCUCAGUCUGCAUGCCACGGUCACACUAUGUUCAGAUGAUCUGAACAAAACAGUCAGAUGGUAGUAGAAAUGUUAAAUAUGGCAAAAGUUCCUAUUAUCUGGAACCAUGGCGGUAUAGUGGCACCUCAACCUCAAAUGAUAUGGACCGCUCUAGGAGCUAAACAUAAGGAUUUGUAAAAACUAUUAAAUGCUCUUAAUAAGAUCAAAAUUUGGGAAAGAAUAAAAGAGCAUCUAGAAGGACACUCUACAAACUUGUUUUUGGAUAUAGCAAAAUUAAAAGAACAAAUAUGUAAAGCAUCCCAGGCAACCUGACCUUAAUGCCAGGAACCGGAGUGCUUAAAGGAGCUGCAGACAAAUUAGCAGCUAGUAACCCAUUUAAAUGGGUAAAAACACUUGGAAGCUCUGUGAUUUCAAUGAUGACUAUGCUUCUUAAUCUGUUGUUUGCCUUUGUAUAGUCUGCAGAUGCGGAUCCCAACUCCUGCGAGAGUCUCUUUGCAAAUUGAAGAAGGGAGACGUGUUGGGAGCAAGCCCCCCAGAGUCUGGCCAUAAACUGGCCCCAAAACUGGCCAUAAGCAAAACCUCUGCAGCACUAAAACAUGUCCAUAAUGGCCCUAACGCCCAAUCUGGAUGGUUGUGGGUUUAUGGGAAUGAGAGCAAGGAACACCUGGCCCGCCCAGGGCGGAAAACUGCUUAAAGGCAUUCUUAAGCCACAAACAAAAGCAUGAGCGAUCUGUGUCUUUAAGGGUGUGUUCCUGCUGCAAUUAAUUCAGCCCAUCCCUUUGUUUCCCAUAAGGGAUACUUUUAGUUAAUUUAAUAUCUAUAGAAACAAUGCUAAUGACUGGUUUGCUGUUAAUUGAAGGGGUGGGUUGCCCCUCCACACCUGUGGGUGUUUCUUGUUAGGUGGAACGAGAGAGUUGGAAAAGAGACACAGAGACAAAGUAUAGAGAAAGAAAAGUGGGCCCAGGGGACCAGCGUUCAGCGUACAGAGGAUCCACACUGGCACCGGCCUCUGAGUUCCCUUAGUAUUUAUUGAUCAUUAUCGAGCAUGGCAGGAUAAUAGGAUAAUAGUGGAGAGAAGGUCAGAAGGUAAACACAUGAACAAAGGUCUCUGCGUCAUAAGCAAGGUAAAGAAUUAAGUGCUGUGCUUUAGAUAUGUAUACACAUAAACAUCUCAAUACCUUACAGAGCAGUAUUGCUGCCCGCAUGUCAUACCUACAGCCCUAAGGCGGUUUUCCCCUAUCUCAGUAGAUGGAAGUAUAUUCCAUGUAAAGUAAAUCGGCUUUACACCCAGACAUUCCAUUGCCCAGAGACGAGCAGGAGACAGAAGCCUUCCUCUUAUCUCAACUGCAAGGAGGUGUUCCUUCCUCUUUUACUAAUCCUCCUCAGCACAGACCCUUUAUGGGUGUCGGGCUGGGGGAUGGUCAGGUCUUUCCCUUCCCACGAGGCCAUAUUUCAGACUAUCACAUGGGGAGAAACCUUGGACAAUACCUGGCUUUCCUAGGCAGAGGUCCCUGCGGCCUUCGCAGUAUUUUGCGUCUCUGGGUACUUGAGAUUAGGGAGUGGUUUGAGAUUAGGGAGUGGUGAUGACUCUUAAGGAGCAUGCUGCCUUCAAGCAUUUGUUUAACAAAGCACAUCUUGCACAGCCCUUAAUCCAUUUAACCCUGAGUUGACACAGCACAUGUUUCAGGGAGCACAGGGUUGGGGGUAAGGUUACAGACUUAACGGCAUCUCAAGGCAGAAGAAUUUUUCUUAAUACAGAACAAAAUGGAGUCUCCUAUGUCUACUUCUUUCUACACAGACACAGUAACUAUCUGAUCUCUGUUUUCCCCACAGUUAAUAAAUAUGUGGGUCAAUCUCUGUUGGGGGCUCUCAGCUCUGAAGGCUGUGAGACCCCUGAUUUUCUACUUCACACCUCUAUAUUUUUGUGUGUGUGUCUUUAAUUCCUCUAGCACUGCUGAGUUAGUGACCGAGCUGGUCUCAGCAGAGGUGGGCGGGUCUUUUGAGUUCAGGAGUUCGAGAGCAGCCUGGCCAACAUGGUGAAACCCCUUCUGUACUAAAAAUAUGAAAAUUAUCCGGGCAUGGUGGCAUGCCUCUGUACUUUCAGCUACUCAGGAAGCUGAGGCACGAGAAUUGCUUGAACAUGGGAGGUGGAGGCUGCAGUGAGCUGAGAUCAUGCCACUGCACUCCAUCCCGGGCAAUAGAGUAAGACUCUGUCUCAAAACAAAGAGUUUUAGGCCAGGUGUGGUGGCUCACGCCUGUAAUCCCAGCACUUUGGGAGGCUGAGGCAGGCAGAUCACCUGAGGUCAGGAGUUCGAGACCAGUCUGGCCAACAUGGCGAAACCUCAUCUCUGUCUACUAAAAAUACAAAAUUUAGCCAGGUGUGGUGGUGGGUGCCUGUAAUCACAGCUGCUUGGGAGGCUGAGGCAGGAGAAUUGGUUGAACCCAGGAGGCAGAGGUUACAGUGAGCAGAGAUCGUGCUACUGCAUUCCAGCCUGGGUAAGAAAGCGAGACUCUGCCUCAAAAAAAAAAAAAAAAAAGGCUUAGUGUGCAACUCAUCAGAGUUGCACAGGGCAGAGAAAGAAUGGGAAAAAAACAAUUUCUAGAAAACUUUUCGAAUUUUCUGAUCAACACCAAAUAUUCCAAAUAGGAAAAAUACAAAAAAAAAUCCAUACCUAUAUGUGGCAUAAUAUGAUUGUAGAACACCAAAGUAAAAGAUCUUAUUUUUUAUUAAAAUUAAAAAAAUUAAAAUAGAGUCAGGGUCUCACUAUGCUGCCCAGGCUGGUCUUGAACUCCUGGCUUCAAGCUAUCCUCCCACCAUGGCAUCCUAAAGUGCUGGGAUUACAGGCAUGAGCUGCUGCAUCUGGCCCAAAGUAAAAGAUCUUAGAAGCGGCCAGAAAAAAUAGAUUUGGGCUGGGCAUGAAUAGAUUGAUCACCAAAAAGGUGGCAGACUAACUUCUCGACAGAAUCCACAGAAGCCAGAAGGCAGUGGAACAUUAGCUUUGAUGUACUAAAAUAAGAUACCACUCUAGGCUCCUACAUACAGUGAAAAUGUUUUGAGAAUGAGAAUUAUAAUUUUUUGGCAAACAAAACUAAAGGAGUUUACAACUAAGAAACUCUUUUUUGUGAGACAGCCUCACUCUGUUGCCCAGGCUGGAGUGCAGUGACGAAAUCUCAGCUCACUGCAACCUCGGCCUCCCGGGUUCAGGCAAUUCUUGUGUCUCAGCCUUCCAAGUAGCUGGGAUUACAGAUGUGCGCCACCAAGCCCAGCUACUUUUUAUAUUUUUAGUGGAGAUGGGGUUUCACCGUGUUGGCCAGGCUGGUCUCAAACUCCUGACUUCAAGUGAUCUGCCCGCCUUGGCCUGCUAAAGUGCUGGGAUUACAGGCAUGAGCCACCGUGCCUCUCCAGUCCCUGUGUUUUUGUUUUUGGAGGUUUUAUUUGUUUGUUUUUAGAGACACUUUCACUGUGUUGCCCAGGCCUGUCUGUUGGCCUCAAGUGAUCCUCCUGCCUUGGAUCUCCCAAAGUGCUGGGAUUAGAGGUGUGAACCACUGUGGUCAGCCCAUUUUUUAUUUGUUUCUUGAAGGAAGGUAGCAGUAUUAAUUAAUUUUGGACUUUGCUCACUAAAGUUUGAAUGUUAAGAACAGAUGUAUACAGUCUGGAUGCAGUGGUGCAUGCUUGUAAUUUUAGCACUUUGGGAGGCUGAGGUGGGAGGAUCGCUUGGGCUCAAGAGUUUGAGACCAGCCUGGGCAACAUGGUGAAACCUUGUCUCUACAAAAAAAUUGUAAAAAAUUAGCCAGACGUGAUGGCAUGCACCUAUAAUCCCAGCUACUUGGGAGGCUGAGGUGGGAGGAUUGCUUGAGUCCAGGGAGGUCGAGGCUGCAGUGAGCCAUGAUCACACCACUGCACUCCAGCCUGGGUGACAGAGUGAUACUCUGUCUCAAAAAAAAAAAAAAAGAAAAAAGUAGUUAUAUAUGAGACUCACUUGGGCAACAUAUGGAGACCUAGUCUCCACAAAAAAAUUUUAAAAAUUAGCUAAGUAUGGUGGCAUGCACCUGUGGUCCCAACUACUUGGGAGGGUGAGGCAGGAGAAUUGCUUGAGCCCAGGAUGAUCCCUUGAUCCUGGCAGGGGGUGGAGUUGAGGCCGCAUUCCAACCUGGGCGACAGAGUGAGACCCUGUCUCAAAAGAGAAAUAAAAAAGAAUAGACAUAUAAUAUGUAACUUCCAAACAAAUGAAAGGGAAAUAAAGGAGUAUGAGAAGAAAGGCAAAUUCAGUGAUCCAAAACAAAGUGAGAAAAGAGAAAAACAAAAUAAAAAUGAAAAAGGAGAGGUUCUGCUUGUAAAGGAGGCGAAGUAGCUCCUAUCAGAUCAACCUUCAUACCGGUAACAAUUAUGAGCUCUGAACAAAAACACACAAAAAACCUCCUGAAGACUCUGGAAAGAGAGCAAGAACAGGGAGAACCUAAAGGGAAACUGACAGUUACAAGAAAAUAAAUAGCUACCGGGUGCAAAGGAUAUUUAAAAUCUCACAAACAUGAUAUUGAACCAAAGAAGUCAGAAGAAAAGAGUCUGUGUUUUAUAAUUCCAUUUAUAUGAAGUAUGAAAACAGGCAAACCAUAUUAAAAGUCAGGAUAGUUGUUCCCCUGACGAGGAGGAGGAUAGUGAUUGGAAGGAGGACAUGAGGAUUUCUGGGGUCCUGGUAAUGCUCUAUUUCUGGAUCUGGGUGCUGGUUUCAUGGGUGUGCUCACUUGGUGAAAAUUCAUAAAAAUAGACAUGACAUAUGCAAUUUUUUGCUUCAGUACAAACUUAAAAAUCAAAAGGGAGUAGAGACAAGAUGGACAGGCAGGCAGGGCAGACUGCAGGGGCCUCAAUGCCAGACUAAGGAGCUUGACGUGACCCUGGCAGCAGUGGAGGACACCGAAGGUGUUAAGAGGGGAAAUGAGUUGUCAGGGAAGCUGCCUCUCUGCCUAAUGCGGGUGGCUAGGAGAGGGGAACACCUGCCCUGUGGGACAUUAUUUACAGGACUGGCCAGAAUCUGGGCUUUCAAUGACGAAGACCUGAGCUAGGAUGGAGGGUGUGAGGUUGGAGGCCAAGGAUUUGGAGGUAAAAUUGGAAGGACUUGGGAGUUUACAUGCAGGAGGCCAGAGAGGAAGAGGGAGGAGUCAAAAACGUUCCUUGGAAGAGGCUUUUCAUUGGAGAUAAAGAGUGAGGGAUGGGACGCUGGGGAAAGAAGUAAGUUUGAGGGAAGAAUUUGUUUUUUUUUUCUUCAACAGGGUCUUGCUCUGUUGCCCAGGCUGUAGUGCAGUGGCACCAUCAUGGCUCCCUGUAGCUCGACCUCUCAGAUGCUGGUGAUUCCCCCCACCUCAGCCUGCUAAGUAGCUGGGACUACAGGCGCAUGCCACCAUACCUGGUUGAUAUUUUUUAAUUUUUAUUUUUAGUAGAGAUGAAGUCUCACUAUGUUGCCCAGGCUGGUCUUGAAAUCCUGGGCUCAGGUGAUCCUCCUGCCUUGGUCUCCCAAAUUGCUGGGAUUACAGCAUGAGCCACUGCACCCAGCCAAAGGAAGGAUUUUUGCUGGGGAAGGAGCAAGUGGAGGAGGAAUCCUCGAUGACACAAGGCCUCUGAAGCAGCAGAAGGAGACUGGGGGUGCAGGGGACCCCCUGUCCAGAUUUGGACGGGAGAGGAGAGGAGCAGAAAAAGCGAGAUCCUAGGUGGACUGGAGGGAAUUCAGGAGAGCCCAUCAGCUGCUCGCUAAUGUGAAGUCACAGUCAAGUGUGGGGACUGAGUCGGAUGAGGCUGACUUCUAGGCGGCUUGUCUGACAACAGGUUAUGCAGUGUAUCUAAGGACAUCCUGACCUGGGGGAACAGGAAGACGGGAGGAUUCCAUUAUCAUUUUGUAAAUGGUGCCCAGUGAAGUUUCUAUUAGUAUCUAGUCUCCAAUCAUCUUAAUUAGCUGAGCUAUUGCUCAUCAUCAAAAGGAUUUUCUUUAGAAAGAUAGCCGUAGAGUCUUGUUUUUCUUAUCAAAAGAUCUAGAUGACACUGCUAUGCCCCGGCCUGCCCCACCCUCAUUCCUGCCCUGCUCCACACACUUAUCGGUGCCUGGAGCAGGAGUUAGGGUGGAGUAGGAAAAAGAUCAAGGAUUUGAGUGCACAAGGACAGGCAGGCAUCCUAGCUCCUGACCUUGGGCCAAUAUUUUCUCACUAUGGGUCUCAGUUGCCUCUUCACAGACCCCCUGAUUUCAAAGCCCUUGUCACCCUGAAAUACACAGAGGUCCAAGGUCAUAUGGUGAGGGGUUUUUAUGGGAAGACUUGAAUUCUGGAUGAGAAACUCAGUGUUUAUUAGCAGUGAAGUCCUUUCCGGGAGGCUGAAGAGAGUCUCAGGGCAGGUAGUUCUUUGAAAAGACCCCAUCUCUUCUCCCCACUAUGUAGGUGGGAGCAGGGGUCUCAUUGGCUGAGGGACUUCUGGGUCGUGGUGACCUCAUAAAGCCCGUAACACUGGCCUGGGCUGGGGAAGCCUAGGUAAGCUGAGGGGUGGCUCUGACAAAGUCCUAGGGGUGGGGGCAGUCUCCACAGCCUCCACAAGGGAGUUACCACCUUCCCUCACCUCUAGGUACAAGUCUUCUGCUCUGGCUGUAUUCCACAGUUAGAACUUCAUAUCUUUGGCUUAGAGCUGAAUUUUCUGUUACCAUGUGGAUGCUCCAGUUGGAGUGCGGAGCUUGUUAACAGACGUGCAUGCCUGGCCUGUGGACUGUGCAGUAAGUGUUGAAAAAAGGCACUCUUCCCUGACUUGAUUUCUUUCUGCCUCUCCUCCCAGGGGCCCACUCCUGCUUAAAAACACCAUGCAUGCAGACCGCUGCUGGGAAUGUGACAGUUGGCUGUUGGAGAGAAGGGGGCACUGGCAUUGAGAGACCUCCAGACUGGACAUGGCCCUGAGUCCAGGGGCUAACCUGGUCUUCCAUGAAGACCCAAAGAUGACACCAAGUCUCCCCUCCUGUGGGGCCCCGGGAUUAGGGUCUGGUACCAUCCCUUGGCCCCACCCAGACACGGCUCAUGUGCCUAUGUUGAAUCUGCUCCCAAGUCCUGGCUUGGCUCUCAUUCCAGAUCUUAAUGAUUCUCUGAGUCCAGUCUCAGGUGAGGCCUCAGGCCUGGUGUCUGAAAACACCCCCAGACCUGAUGACAGCAGAGCCAUCGCUCCAGCCUCCCUCCAGAUCACCCGUUCUUGUUCUGGUGAAGCCCUGGACCUGGAUUCCAAGGAUGUCUCCAGGCCUGACUCACAGGGGCGCCUCUGUCCAGCCUCAAACCCCAUUCUGAGCCCUAGCUCUACUGAGGCCCCUCGUCUGAGCUCUGGGAACCACCCUCAGUCAAAUUCUGAAGAUGCCUUCAAGUGCCUCUCAAGUAAGAUUUUCGAGUUGGGUCAGAGAAACUCCAACCCUUCUAGGCAUGAAUUAAACCCAUUUAUAAGGCACCAUUCCAGAGAAGGUCUGGUUCCGGGCCACUGCAUCUCUAGGCCAAGCUCAAAAGCACUCCUUAUUCCAACCUCAAACUCUUCUCUGGACCUUGACUCCAAUCCGUUGCUCAACAUGGGCUCAAGAAACACCUCCAUGCUGAACCUGAAUGUAGCUCCAGAUUCUCAUGGGACCCUAAUCCCAGACACAAAUGAGACCAUCACUUUGGCUUCACAUAAUAUCUCUGAGUCUGUUUCAAAAGGAGCCUUUAGUACCACCUGGAGCACAAGUUCAAAGGAAACCAUGAAUGUGGCUUCCAACGGCCACCCCAGAUCUGAUUUGAACGUGACCAUCACUCAAGCCUCGUAUGUGACCCUGAUUCCUGGCUCCAGCGAUGGUUUCAGCCUGCAUUCCAGCACCCAUGGGCCCAACUCCACCAUCUCUCCACCCUCAUGCAUGACUCUAAUCCUGGGUUCCAAUGAGACUCUGAGCCUGGACUCCAGCCUCCUGUUCAGCGACACCUCCACCUUGACGCUGAGCAGUCAGCAGGAUGAUGCCAAGGACAACAGCAUCCACACUGUGCCGCUGGAGGAGAAUCUGGAGAGUUGGAGUGAGAUGGCCAGCAUUAAGGUGGGCCAGUUCCCGCUGGGAUUCCCCACCUCCAACCCCGCAGGCAAGGACGCCGUGACCUUGCAAGGCAUCCCUGAGGGAGCCUUUGAUGAAGUGACCUCAUGCCUGGUGAAGGUGCCAGAGAAGACAGAAGGUGGCAACAACAUGGCUCUGGUUGAGAAUGUCACCACCCUUCAGAAGAGCCAGAAUCUGCUGGAGGCAGAAGGAGAAAAGAAGACCAUGAUAAAGAAGAUUAUGAGGCAGAUCCAGGAGGAGCCACUGGAUUCUCUCUCAAGCUCCGUCCGCAAGCAGGCCAUGGAGAUCCUGACCCAGCUGAGCCACACCCAGCCCACCCUGGGCAUGCGGGAGAGGUCGGAGCUGGUGAACGUGUGUGUGCACAGCGUGUUCUCCCUGCCCUCCGUGCAGGCGAUGCAGGAGAAGGACGAGGCCAAGGCUGAGACCAUCCAGACUCUUUACCAUCAGACCCUGGAGGCCCUGCAGACACUGCUCAAAGCCCUCUUUAUCGAGGACCCCACUCCUGCUGGGCUGAAGAGCAUCUUGGAGGCCCUGGGGCCUUGGAUGAACUCUGGGAAGGCCCAUGAGCGAGCACGGGCUGUGAACAGCAAUGUCUCUGUGUUGAACCACAUGCUUCUAACUCUGCCUUUCUUUAUGCCCUUGGGGUUCCCGGCGCUGGGGCUUCUGCUGGGGAGACUCAUCCUUCGCAUUGGGGAUCCUGAUGAGGAGAUUGGCUGUGAGGCUCUGGACGGCAUCAUCAUCCUCUACACUAUUCUGGAGCUUCAAAAACGAGCCAGAGAUAAGGAAGAGACCAACAAGAAGGAGCUAUAUGAGAGCAACAAGCAUUUCCUGGGGCCCUACAACCCUGUGAGCCCGUGCCAGAACAUUCUGCGGGUGAUCGAGGAAUUUGGAGACUUCCUGGGGCCCCAGCAGAUAAAGGACCUGCUGCUGGCCGCCCUGGAAGGGCUGAAAGGCAGCUCAGAGGCUCCAGGGAAGGACUCCAGGGAGAUGAUGCAGCUGGCCUCGGAGGUCAUGCUCAGCUCGGUGCUGGAGUGGUACCGCCACAGGGCGCUGGAGGUGAUCCCAGAAAUCAUGCAAGGCAUCUACAUGCAGCUGAGCCACAUCCAGGAGCCUCGGGCCCGCCAGGUGGCCCUGCUGCCCGUCUCCCUCCUGGCUAGCUCCUUCAUGACCGAGGUUGUGGUGGCCCUGCUCAUGUGCCCCCUCCCACUGAACAGAGGAAUGAGCACAGGCUUUGAAGACAUCAGACCUGGCCAUAUCUGGACUCUGCAGCUCAUUAGCUGUGUAAUCUUGGACUGCAAUGGAGCAGAGAUGUGGAGGCAGCUGAUACUGUGUAAGCCCAGCUGUGAUGUCCGAGACCUCCUGGAUCUGCUCCUGGGCAGCCUGAAGGAGAAGCCCGUCACCAAGGAGGGCCGGGCUUCCAUUGUGCCCCUGGCGGCAGCCAGCGGCCUGUGCGAGCUCCUGUCCGUCAACAGCUGCAUGGGCCAUGUGAGGCGCAUCUACCCCCAGCUGCUCCUGGCCCUGCUCAUUCAGGUCCAUUACCACAUCGGCCUCAACCUGCCUGGCUGCGUGGAUCCUCCCAAGGACACCAAGAAGGGUGCACAGCCCUCUCCCUUCAUACCUGUGCGCUGGGUGGUGAAAGUGGUGAAAACCCUGAUACUGAGGAUGGGCUGCUCUUAUGAGACCACGUUUCUGGAGGACCAGGGUGGCUGGGAGCUCAUGGAGCAGGUGGAGAGCCACCACCGCGGAGUGGCCCUGCUGGCAAGGGCCAUGGUGCAGUACUCCUGCCAGGAGCUGUGCCGCAUCCUCUACCUGCUCAUCCCGCUCCUGGAGCGAGGCGACGAGAAGCACAGGAUCACGGCCACCGCCUUCUUCGUGGAGCUCCUCCAGAUGGAGCAGGUGCGCCGGAUCCCCGAGGAAUACUCUCUGGGGCGGAUGGUAGAAGGCCUGAGCCACCACGACCCCAUCAUGAAGGUGCUGUCCAUUCGAGGCCUGGUCAUCCUGGCCCGCAGGUCUGAGAAGACUGCCAAGGUGAAGGCCCUCCUGCCCUCCAUGGUGAAGGGCCUGAAGAACAUGGAUGGGAUGCUGGUGGUGGAAGCGGUCCACAACCUCAAGGCUGUCUUCAAGGGGCGGGACCGGAAGCUGAUGGACAGUGCGGUCUAUGUGGAGAUGCUGCAGAUCCUGCUGCCGCACUUCAGCGACGCACGAGAGGACGUGCGCUCCUCUUGCAUCAACCUGUAUGGGAAGGUGGUCCAGAAGCUUCAGGCACCACGCACUCAGGCCGUGGAGGAGCAGCUGGUCAGCACCUUGGUGCCCCUACUGCUGACCAUGCAGGAGGGCAACUCCAAGGUAAGCCAGAAAUGUGUGAAGACCCUGUUACGCUGUUCUUACUUCAUGGCUUGGGAGUUGCCAAAAAGAGCUUAUAGCCGGAAGCCCUGGGACAACCAACAGCAGACGGUGGCCAAAAUUUGCAAGUGCCUUGUGAACACCCACCGAGACAGCGCCUUCAUAUUCCUCAGCCAGAGCCUGGAGUAUGCCAAGAACUCACGGGCCUCCCUCCGGAAGUGCUCAGUCAUGUUCAUAGGGUCCCUGGUCCCCUGCAUGGAGAGCAUAAUGACAGAAGAUCGUCUGAAUGAAGUGAAAGCUGCUCUGGAUAACUUGAGACAUGACCCAGAAGCAUCAGUGUGCAUCUACGCAGCCCAGGUCCAGGACCACAUCCUGGCCAGCUGCUGGCAGAACUCCUGGCUGCCGCACGGGAACUCAUGGGUGUGUUACUCAGCCACCACGCACCGCUGGAGCCCCAGCUGUGAGAACCUGCCCACUUCCCACCAGCGGCGCUCCUGGAUCAUGCAGGCACUGGGCUCCUGGAAGAUGUCCUUGAAGAAGUGACGUCCCUGAGCCCCAAACCCUCCUCAGGGUGGUUGAGUUCCAGCCAUGCUCCCUAUAAAUGUCAUGUGGCUUACCUCUCCAUCUUGAUUGUUUCCUCCUGGGACAUCCCCCAGGCUCUGGAGCAGCCAUCACUUUGAGAGGAGUUUGCCUUGGUUUGUUGGCUCAGUCAAUAACUAUUGACUGACGUAGUCUGUUUUGCCCAUAUUGUAUAAGUGAGGAAGUGAGGCCCAGAGGGAUGAAGUGGCUUCCCCAGGGCCACACAGUAAGUCUGCUGGAUGUCUCAGUUUCCCCUGCCCCAUAUUAGAAGAACAAAAGGAGAUGAUGAUUUGGGUGGCCAUCGGGGAAAGGGAAAAAAGGGAAAGAAGAGACAGCCCCACCCCCACGACAACAUGCAUAUCCCAAAACCCUGAAUUCGGAGUCCCGCCCUUGGGUCUUUGCCCAGUAAUUGGCCACCACAGAUUCUAGCAGCAUUUACUGAGCAUCUAAUCUGGGCCAGCCCUCCUCUGGGUGCAAUGACACACACAUGAACAAGACCCAGCCCCAGACCAGGCCCUAGCAGUUCAUAGUCUGAUACAGUGGUUCUCAGCCAGGGGUGAUUUUGAUCCCCAGGUAAUAUUUAACAAUGUCUGGAGAUGUUUCUGGCUGUUACACUUGUGGGGGCUGGGAGGUAUGCUAUUAUCGUCUAACGGGUAGUGGCCAGGGAUGCUGCUAAACAUCCUACUCUGCUCAGGACAGUCCUUCAACAAGGAGUUCCCCAUCCCAAUUGUCAAAAGUGCCACGGUUGAGAAACUUUGGUCUAAUGAAAGUGUCAGAAACAUAUACAGACACCAACAGCACAGCAGGUCAGCAUGCGGGCUUCAGCGUCCAGAGGAGGUACAUAGACCAGCAGGCGGUGAGGUGUCAGAUAAGGCUUCUGAGGGAAGAAACUCCCCUGCAGGGGGUUUGGAAAGAACAGAUAUGGAAGGGAGCAGGACACAUGGGACCAAGGAACAACUGCAGUCCUUCAGUGCACACAGCCCAGAGAGAGAGGGGAGAGGAGUUCCAGGCUAGAGCCAUGGAAGCCUUGGAGGCUGUGUUAAGGAGGGAGACUUCAUCCAGUUAGGAGUGGUAAGGCAUUGUGGGAUGCUAAGCAGGGGAGGGAUGUAGACAGAUGCCUGCUUUAGAAGGCACCUCCUCCUGGGGAUACAGGAACCCUCAGGCACUGCUGGUAAGAUGGUAAAUUGGCGCCGCUCUUCUGGAAUCUGUAGAAAUCUGUCGUUAUUCGGUCACUUCAGUCUUAUUAAGUUCAUGCACACCCACGACUGAGCAGUUCCACUCAUGGAUACAUAGCUCGGGGGAAUAUUCCACAGGUCCAUAAAGAGAGAUGCAUGAGGAAGUUGAUCAGUGUUCUUUGUGGUGAUGGGGAGAGGAGGCAGCCUGGGUAUCCAUCCCUUGGGAGAGGAUGUGUGCCGUGGAGCCCUGCACAGCAGUUCGGGGCUGCUAGAUGGGACCUAAAACCCAGUGCUGAGGGGAAAAAGUGUAUCAAGAAUGUAUACACAAAAGUUGGCCAGGCACGGUGGCUUACUCCUGUAAUGCCAGCACUUUGGGAGCCUGAAGCAGGUGGAUCACCUGAGUCAGGAGUUCGAGACCAGCCUGACAAACAUGGUUAAACCCUGUCUCUAUUAGAAAUACAAAAUUAGCCAGGCGUGGUGGUGCAUACCUGUAAUCCCAGCUACUCAGGAGGCUGAGGCAGGAGAAUCGCUUGAACCUGGGAGGCAGAGGUUGCAAUGAGCCAAGAUCGCGCCAUUGCACUCCUGCCUAGGCAAUAAGAGUGAAACUCCAUCUCAAAAAAAAAAAAAAAAAAAAAAAAAAAGAAU